AUGGUGAACUUAGCGGUUGCACUAAGAUCGUCGAUGUGCAUUAUCGUGAAAUCAGCCGGACUUGUUCCACAUACCGUAGAAACCGAACCAGGAACAAAGGUUAACUUCUGGUUACCGAAAAACUCCGGCGGGAAGCCAGAAAAACCAGCAGUACUACUCAUUCACGGUUUCGCCGGCGACGGAGUAAUGACGUGGGCGUUUCAAGCUCGUUCGUUAUCAAAGAGAUACUCUGUUUACAUACCGGACUUGCUAUUUUUCGGUGGGUCUUACACCGAUAAACCGGACCGGUCACCAGAGUUUCAAGCCGAGUGUAUGGUUAAGGCUAUGAGUAUCCUUGGCGUGGAUAAGUUUGUCCUGGUCGGAUUUAGCUGCGGUGGCGUUGUGGCUUCCAAGAUUGCAGAGUUGUAUGGGAACAUGGUUAAGGCUUUAGUGGUAACCGGUGCACCUCCGAUUAUGACUGAUUCGAAUGUGAACCGGUUUGGGUUAAGUUCAAUGUCGGAUGUCUUGUUACCCAAAACGGUUAAAGGACUUGAGUUUCUUCUCUCCGUUUCUUUGCACAAACGCAUUUGGCUCCCAAGUUGUCCUCUCAAAGAUUACCUUAAGACAAUGUUCACAAAUAGGAAAGAAAUGGCUGAACUUUUAGAAGCUCUAAUCAUCAACAAUGACACUACUACACUCCCCAGUUUCCCUCAGAGAAUAGAUCUUUUGUGGGGUGAAAAUGAUCUAUUCUUCAGUGUUGAAUUUGCAAAAGAUCUGCAACGGAAAUUGGGUGAAAUGACAAGCAUGGAGAGUAUAAAAAAUGGAGGUCACUUGGUGCAACUGGACAGACCAUUUGUCUACAACAAACUUCUCAACAAAUUUCUUGCUUCUGUUCAUUAA